ACUGAGCCAGUGGGGAUAAUUUGGGCUGCCGUGGGGGAGAAGGGGCCAGUGCCUCCUUCUCCACAUCCUGCGCCUUCGUUGGAAGAGAUACCCACAACAUUCCCAAUGAAGGGAAGCUGGUGGCCUUUGGUCCUUUCUCAGCAAGACUCACCAAGCUGUACGCAGUGCAGCUGGAAGUCCUCAGGGCGCAGGUCCUGUCACCAGGAUGGACAUGGCGUGGGUCACUGUCCUCUCCUGGCACCUCAGCCAGCCCCCAUGUGUCUCCAGGCAGCUGUGAUGAAGCUGGACCUCUGGAGGUGGUCAUCCUGGAGGUUUUGUCCUCCCUCCCAUACUGUACCACUGAUGGAGUGGAGACUGGACUGGAUGGAAUCCAAAACCGGCUUUCUCCUCCUUCCCUAGGUCAGACAUUGUGGGAGAGGCUCAAUCUGCUCAGUGCUACUAACAAUGAAUUAAUAAAAUCUAGUGAGAGCAAUUAAUUGCUCAUCCUCCAGAGGGUUUAUGACCCUAUAUUGAGUGACAGGGCAGGGGUGAGGCUCACAGUUGUGGGAUAUUUACGUUCCCUGGAGGUGUUGAAAAACACAUCUUGAACACCCAGCAUUGAGAGGUGGCUGCUGAGGUCCAAGGGACCCUUUCCCCCUCCAUCCUCCCUUUUCCACUAGAGAGUGGUGAGAUUUCUUUCUGCCACCCCCUUCUCAGCAGGAGGAGCUGGGAGCAGCUGAGCCUGCAGGAAAGCUGGGCAGAGAGGAGUUAACUCCAAACCCAACCUCAGGGAGAGGGAAAAAAACCAACAGAGAACUAUGGAUCAGCAGCAAGAGCAGAGGGAGGGAAAAGGGGGAGUCAGAGAGAAAGGAGAGGAGCUCCAGAAGAAGAGAGAGCAGAGCUGGUGGCAGGCAGGGGGAGGCAGCGGAGCACCAGGAGGAGCGAGUGGGAUAACCGGGCUGCCCAGAUAAACUCCUCCGUGGUCUGCGUCCUCCUGCUGCCGCUGCGUGGGCUGCACUGGACGUCUCUCCCUAAGCGUGUGGCAAAGCUGCAGGCCCUUCCUCAAAAAGGUCCCUGCAGUCUGACAGGAAGAUGCCAGGGGGAUUGAAUAUGUCUUCUGACAGCCCAGAGCUACGAGCAGCAGGGAUUAUUGUGCCCAUCAUUUUCUCCCUCAUCUUCCUUGUGGGUACGGUGGGAAAUGGGCUGGUGCUGGCAGUGCUGCUGUGGAAUGGCCAAGUCAAGUACUCCACCACCAACCUCUUCAUCCUCAACCUGGCUGUGGCCGACCUGUGCUUCAUCAUCUGCUGUGUCCCUUUCCAGGCCACCAUUUACACCCUGGAUGGGUGGCUCUUUGGGGCCUUUGCCUGCAAGGCUGUGCAUUUCCUGAUCUACCUCACCAUGUAUGCCAGCAGCUUUACCCUGGCUGCUGUCUCUGUUGACAGGUACUUGGCCAUUCGCUAUCCCCUGAAGUCCCGGGAUCUCCGCACAUCCCGAAAUGCAGGAGUGGCCAUUGUGGUGGUCUGGUCACUGUCAAUGCUCUUUGCAGGGCCUUACCUCAGUUACUACCAGAUAAUCCAUUACCAUGGUGUGCCCAUCUGUGUCCCCGUCUGGGAGGACCAGCGCAGAAAGGUUCUGGACAUCCUCACAUUUGUGUUUGGGUAUCUGCUGCCUGUGACUGUGGUGAGCCUGGCAUACUCUAGGACCAUCAAGUUCUUGUGGACUUCUGUAGACCCCAUAGAAAGAAUCUCAGAGUCUCGGAAAGCCAAGCGUAAAGUCACCAAGAUGAUUGUCACAGUGGCCAUCCUGUUCUGCCUCUGCUGGCUGCCCCACCACCUGGUCAUCCUCUGCUUCUGGUUUGGCCACUUUCCCUUCAACCGGGCCACUUACGCUUUCCGCCUGGCUUCCCACUGCCUCUCCUACACCAACUCCUGCCUCAACCCCAUUGUCUAUGCCCUCAUCUCCAAGCAUUUCCGCAAGCGUUUCAAGCAGGCCUUCACCUGCCUCUUCUUCCAGAACAAGAUCAGGAAAAAGAAGAAGAAGAGAGUUGGAAGGAAAGUCCAUAUGGUCAAUGUGGAAGGAGGUUUUGCCAACAGGACAGGAGAUUUCUAUGGACGCAACACUGAGGUUACCCAAGCCCCAGAAGGGAGCACCAGGAAGAGGGACCAUGAAGGUGCCAGUCGUGCCAGAGCAUGGACUCAGCAGGUACAAGAUGCCAUGGUCUCUGUUCAGAAGGAGCUACUGGAGGAGGAAAUUUUGGCAACAGCUGGCCAUUCCCUAGAUGUGACCCCUCUAAGAGAAACUGCUGGACAAGACCAAGAAGAAGCCCUAGAAAAGGGCUAGAGAUGCAAGAAGGAAGUCGCUAUUUGCAUCACAUUUUCUGACCACAUCACAGUGGUUUUGCUUUCCUCUAGGAUUCUAGGACCAUCAUGCCCACGCAUUAUCCCCGCUGAGAUGGUUUUAUGUUAGCAGUAAGAGAUGAGCUCACACAUUCAGACCUACUAAGUCCGAGUUGAAGUCCCCCAGAACUCCUCAAACAUCUCCUCCAUGAUUCUGUAGUCAUGUCUGAGACCUGCCAUCAUCCCAGCUCAAUAUUCACAGUAAACUUUAAGUGACUGCAACAGCUGUCCUUUUCUUUAAUUAUGUAUGGUGUUUUAUUAGUGCUGUGUGGAUCCUGAAUAUGUAACCCUUAAUGUGAGGCAGGUCUGCACCUGUAAUUUCUUAAGAGGAGGUGAAAAUUGGGAAGCUUAGGAGAAAGGGGAAAGCUGUGACAUUGUGGGACAGUCAGACUUCCACACUGAAGCUGGGAAACAAUUACAGGUGGUCAUGGCACUUAUAGGUGUCCUGAGCCCUGUGUGGGCUACAAAAUCCUCUGGUGUCCUCACUUGUCCCCAUGCAUGGUGCUGGAAGUUGUGUCAAAAGUAAAGGAGUUUUGGCCUCAUCCAGUGCUGUCGGCAUUGUACAGUGGGGCAGAGCUGUGAUGUGCAUGAGCAGAGCCAUGAUCUCCCCCUUAUUUCUCUUUUUCUGUUCCCUACUUCUGUUUGCGUAAAUCUUUCCUUUUUGCUUUGUCCUGCCCACUCGUAAUUCCCAGCUGACAUGGUAUUUCUUAUGCUCACUGAAGCUGUUGUUCACCUCACUAGAGCUCAGCUCCAAGGACAUCCCUUUUUCUGUGUGGAGGCUAACUGAAGAGAAAGGCCAACAGUGCUGGGAAUUAGUUUUCUUUUUCCAUUCAAGUGCUUGAUGUUGCUUUCUGCACUUUGAGCCUCCUUUGCCUCUCUCCCUGUUUCUGAUUUUUCCACCUCUCUCCUUUUGUGGUGGCUGCCACUCCUCCAUGGUGGAUCUCUUUCAGAAACGUGUCCAAUGUGCCUUCCUGGGAACAGUGAGUUCUGCAGCCACCCUCUGCACAUUGUGCCAUGGCUGGUGGCCAGCCCACAUGGUUGCAUCAUUUCUUCAGGUGAAGAUCACUCCACAGCCCAAAGUGUUGGAGGGAGAAGGGAACAGCAAUCAGGAGCAAUGAUGUGGCACAGCUGGACACUGCCUGUUCUUGCCUAGAAGCAGCUGGGCUGUUGCUCACCCCUGAUCCUGUUCCUCCUGGUCCCAGAUUGCAAAUGGGGCAGAUCAGAUCAAGACUGACUGCUGCACAUUGAGGUGAAGCCUAAAUGAAACAGGACAGAGAGGACAGGGAAGAUCUUGGAGAGAAGGUGCAUUUAGCAUGACAAGUGGCUGCAAGCCCUGGGCCCCUUCACUAUGUUCUGCUUGAUGCUAAGCCCCAAUUUUGGGGAGCACAUGAGCAGGAAGGGCAAGUGCUGAGCCUGGGUUGGGAAGGCUCUGGAGCCAGAAGGGAAUUCCUGUCUAUCCAGUACCAGUUUACAUGCUCCAACUGGCUUCUCAGCUCUAAAGCAGAGGUUAAACAAAGAUGUCACAUCCUUGAUAGAGAGACGGGUUUAAUUAAAACUGAAGGAGUUUGAUUGCUGCUUUCCACGCAGCCUUCCCUCCAGACUGAUUGGCAUUCUGCAGUCUCUGCUCCCAGCUUCCUGCCUUAAUUAAUUACUCUUUUCUCUUAUUUUCUAUCCUACUUUUCAUCAUUCAGGCUGACAAGCUUGUCUUUAACCCUGCAGGGACUGGUUUUGCCACAUCAGUAGAGUGCAGCUGUUCCAAGAUCUGGAACAGGGUAGAUGAAAUGGGAGAGGUGUGAGCAGGUCAGGGUUUUGCAUCUAGUGGUAAGCAUCAGCUCUUCUCUGUGGAGUAACUUAGUCUUGCUAACUGUGUGCUGAUUCUGAUGUCUGGCAUCUCCCUGGCACGUGUGACAGGAGCCUGACAUACUGGGAAGUGCCAGACCCAAUGCCAAGAAACUCAUCCUGUUUAUGACCCUGUGUGUAAAUCUGACAGCCCUGGGAAGGAAAUUCUUGUUAUUUGCUUUUGGGUUUAGCUGCUGGUUGCUAAUCUAUGACCAGUACUAGCAAGUUGCCAGGUGAUUUUUUUAAUUCUUCCAUGUGCUCUCUUCCCCUCUGAGAGAUUUCAUAAAAAAAUCCCAGAGGAACGCUGUUUGCCAUACCUCCUUUAUUAUCUUCCUAAUCAAAACUUGCUGAUUCCUCCUCCUAGUCACCCCAUGAGCCCUGGCCUGCUCAGGGCUGCUCCCCAGGCUGGCCAGGGACAAUGCAUGAAGAAGGCAUCUUUUUGUAACUAUCUUUUUCUGUGAUGGAAGAGACCUUUGCUCACAGAGUGAAAAAAGGAAGUGCAUGAAAGGGUGAGAAGUUUGCCAAAGAUGCUUCAUGGGGCUUCCUUAGCAGCACAGAUAAUUGCUGUGCUGGAUUUGAAGUCUGCUAGAAAGGCAAAGGGGGAGAAAGUAAAUGAGUUUAGCUGUUGGAGAUUAAUUAUUUUGGCUGCUGAAGAGCUGAACAAAUUCUUGAUGUUCACAGACAUUGCAGUGUGUGCUUUGCACUCGAUUGUGUGGGUGAAGUGACUGCUCCAGAGAAAGGUCAUUUGCUUAGUAACGUCCAUGCAGCUUUGCUGGGAGCCUUGUCAGAGCUGCUGCUUCUGCUAUGGCUCCUCUGUGAGACACAAGCAGGUCCUCAGCUGUUUGCUUGCUUGAGGCAGAUCCUCAGUCUGGCUGGUUUUGGCUGCAUCUUACAGUACAGCAGCAGCCUUAGAGCCAGGGAAGUUGUUGCUGGGUUCAAUGGCUGGGAAUUCUGCAGAUCCCAUGCUCUGAAUCAGGAGAGGAGAUAGAAUGUAUUUGGAGGUCAGGUAGUGGUGAGGGGGAACCAAAGCCUAAAGCCCCAAUUGAUAUCAUGGCCCUGAGAUGGGGACUAAUCAUUGCCCAGGAAGGGAUCUGGGGGAUGCAUUUGAUGGUGUAGCACAAAGAAAAUGAGGAGUUUGGACUGAUUCUAAUGGCAAAAAAAUAGCAGAGCGAAACCUCUGCUGUUGUUUCUAUUCUCCAUUACUGCAGCAGACAUCUCUGGGAGACACAGAGAAUUGCCACCAGCCUCACGGGUUGUGCAGGCAAAUCUGUGGCACAGGGUGCACAGACAGAGAAAAGCUGGUGGGAGAAGCUGAAGCGUCUACACCAGAAGCAGAAAGAAAACCAGGCAGUGCCAGUCAACUGCUCCCAGCACAGUGGGAAGCCAUGUUUUCUCCUUCCCUGGAACAGCUUCUUUCCUGCCCAGCACCAAAUUCUCAUUCUGCAUACAGCUGCUGAGCAUGACAGGGUAGUUAAGGCUCUGGGUAUGACUGGCUGAUGCAAAGAAACCUAAAACUUUUCUCCAUCCAGUGCCAAACACAUGAUAUGGCUCAGGGCAGCCCACAGUUUCAAGCCCUGAGGCAGGAAAGCAGAACUGACUGUGAUGAUUCAUAGAAUACAAUUCCUACGUGAUCCAUUUUUUUUCUCCACUGAAAACCAGAUGUGCUUUUCUCUUUCUUACCUGGUGUUACUGCUAAAGCAGUGGCAAAACUUCCUAUAGCCAUUUGGUUUUUAUUGCCUCUUCUGCCAUGGUGAGAGCAGUGUGGCAGAAGCAGCAAGACAAUUGCUCCUGGCUGGCUGCAGCACCCCCACCUUUCCCCUCUGUCAGGAGCUGUUAAGAAAAAACCCAUCACUAGGCAAGAAAAAAACAUGAAGACCUGUCGACAACAUCACGUGUGCCGAGACUAAAAGCUUCACUCAGAGUCUCAGCUAGAUGUGUUCCUGGGUUUGAGGAAAGCUUGCAAGAGGUGUCUACUUAGAGACAACAUCAGCAACUGAAGUAACUGCAGGGAUAAAGAGCGUUUUAGCCACGUGCUCUUCAAGCACCUUAAUGGUCUCCUCAGCAACAAGGCUGCUGAAGGCAGAAGUGCUGGCAGCUGGGUGUAUGUGGACAUCAAGGCUGGGCUGUAAAGAUGGGAAGAGACAAGGUCAGUAAAGACUGGGCAUGAAGGUCACCUGCUCCUCACAUAGGGGCCACGCUUGAAGUUUUCUACCCUGCCCAGAUGUCCCUCCCCAGCCCCUCAUCCUUGCUGUCUCUUCACAGCACAGCCAUUUUAUUCAGCAUGGGGCAAGACAUGACUUCUGCCACUGGGCAAGGCUGCUUUUCCUCUCUGCAAAAUAUCUCAUCUUGCAGCUUGAAGCACCCCUGCUGAGAUUCCUCUCCUCUGUUUGUAUGGUUUCACAGCAACUACCUAGAUUUUAAAUUUUGAUUUCUUGGCUGUGGAAGUCAGGAUCAGAAAAGGUCAGCCAGCAACCCUGUACUUCGAUCUGCAAACAGAGUGGUGAUUGAACUCAAACAACUUUGUGUUGUCACUUCUGAUUUGAGGACCAGGUAUGAGAGUAGCGUUUAGCAAGUCCAGUGCUGUGCAUGGGGACUGGAACAGACGUAAAGAAAGAGAAAUGGGUCGCUUUGAAAAAGAGAACUUGGCCGAGGAGUCACAAAAGGAUGAUAGGAUUUUAUUGAAGUUGAAAAUACAAAAAGGUCAGAUUGUCUCCUACCCUCUCGUCAUCCUUCUCAUCCAGCACAUUGUAAUGAAUAUGCACAGUGACAGCUCCAGCCCAGCCAUGGGACUGCUGCUCGCAGCUGUGUUCUCCAGCAGCCCACAGAUGAACCCAUCUAAAAGACAUGCCUAUUUCUGGUAUCUCAGCUUUGAACAGAAGUCCACUCAGCCUCUUCCUGGACAAGAGGCAGGUAUCAGAGAGCAUGCUGACCUAAGGAUCUCUGAAGAACUCUCCAAACUGUGGUUGCUGCAUAUUUAAGGUGAAUCUUAAUAAUAACCUCUUUCAAACCAGUGACUCCCAAGCUGUGAGAUAGGUGUGGCUGCCAGCACACCAUGGUGUGGUACACAGGUGGGAAUUCACAUCACUACUGACAUGUUCCUAUCACCCUGUUGCUGUUGGUGCCCGAUCAGUGAGAUUUCCUGAAUGUCUGCUCCACAACAAAGCAACCUAAAUCUUCAUUGCUAACCACAGUGGGCAGAAGCGAGAGAGCAGAAGGAGCAUUUCCCUGCAUCCUUCAUAGCUGCAUCACUUCAGGCUCCCAGCAUAAACUAUAAUUUGUUUCUCACACUGCACUUAAGGUUCUCCAAGACAAGCAAGAGAUGCAGAAUGGCUGAGCAAUGGGUUUGGUGCUGCUGAGGCAGAGGUAAAUCCACCUCCAUCCUCCUGGCACAACUGGACCUCUUGCCUGAGACUGCCAGUAGCAGGAAAUGUUAGUUAUGGUGGGGCUUUUUUGCAAGACGUAGGUGUCUGACUAGAACUGCGUUAAGAUUGUCACCCUCCUGUCCUUAUUCUCGCCAACAGGGCAGCUCUGACCGGCUUGC